AUGGGGAGUGUCAACACAUCCGUCUCCCUCCGAUUGCCACCGGGAGCUGGUAGUAAGAGGGUUGUCAGUACUUCAACGAAUUCCGCUGCAGCUGCUUCCGCCACGAACGCGUCGAGUGUGUCGAUCAAUCGGAGCAACAGUAUUUCCGUGAGCGGCCGUCUAGUCGCGGACCACCACGAUUACCAUCUGCAGCAUCAUCCGCAGUUGCGCGUGAACGGUGACGCUGGAAGCGGGCUCAACGGUGGGGUCGGAGGAGGUCUGAAGCCGCUCACCAACGGGAGAGGAACGUUCACGUUGGUCAAACGUGGUGGGGUCAUCUCGAACGGAGGUAAAAUGGUGACAACCUCGACGAAUGGUGGCUCAAACAACGCUCUCAACGAGAACAGUCAUGUUCGGGAAAUUUAUACCUCACCUACACUCUUCAACGGAGUCGGUGGAACCGCCACCGUCACGGCGAUCGUUCCGACUACGACGCGCUUGACGUCGCACCCAACAGCGACGUCGUCGUCAUCGCCAACCACGACGUUUUCGGCUUUCAGCAGUAGCAACAAUAAUAACAACAACCGUCUUAAAAGCAACCAGAAUAGCGGUAUCCCCAGCAAGAAUAACACUACUGCAACCAGCAACAACAACCAAACCAAUCACGAUGGUGCAAGCUACGGGCAGAGCCCGGCGGGCCGAGCUGCGGCCACCGGUGUGAUGCUCCCCCCAAACCAGAAACUGGCGGGAUCGAAAACCACGAUCAUAAUUGGCCGGAAUUCGCAACAGUACCAAGAGAUCAACGGAAAUCACAAUUACAGCAUGAGAGACAUCGCGAACGCAUCGGCGAUCGCAAAUAAUUCGAAGCCGAACUCGAUCGGUGCUUCGUCGAAUUCCCCGACACCGAUGUUAGCGAUCGCGACCGCAACAACGACAAUGCCGAAGGUAUCCGCUGCGUCUGCAUCGGGCACGAUUCCAGCUCCGAGCCCGAUGAGAGUAUCGACACCCCUCACGAAAAAGAUAUCAGCAGCCGGAGCCGUGACCAGGAACACGAUGUCAACAACAGAAGACGAGGAAGAGGACGAUGACGCCAAUGGCGCUGCGACCUCUUCGAUACCGUCACGGCAGAGACUCUCACCGCACGCUCCCUGCGCGCGGGUUACCGCGGGCUCUACCUUGUUGUCCGCGUCCUCGAUUGCAUCAUCAUCAUCGUCGUCGACAAGAGCACCGACAGCAACAGCGUCAACGAUCACAAACUCCCCAGCGGCCGCUGGAGCGUCGACGACAACAACGACCGCCGCUGCUUCGACAUCGUCGAGGACUGCUUUUUCGACAGGUACGUCGGUGAGGACACACCACGUCGAACGUUCCAGAUUUACGUCAGAAACCAACGACGAGCACGAGAUCGCGAAACGAAAAGAUGAAUUGCCGUCGGGCAGUGAGUGCGCCGGACGGUUUUCUGCGGAUCCUGCUCAUAUGUUCGCCGUCGACUGCGAGGCGCAGCUCCGAAAAAUGCACGAGUUGAAUCGGAAGAAUGAUGUGGUCUCUCAGAGAAUCCAUCGAAUCCAAACAAAGAGCACGGUCGAGGUGGCCUACUCCGAGCUGAAACAAGUCAUAGCGCAAGGCCAGGAAAUAUUCAAAAUGCCAUGUCUCAUGAGUAAGAGCGGUCAGAUCGCCGCUCAGCUGGCGAACAAAGAGAAAAACACAACACCUCUUCAGCGUAAGCUGGGCGAGAACGACAGCGCUAAACUCGUGCGAGGCUGCGGCAUCCACUCGACCCUCAUCGCAAACACAGAGAAACUCUGCGAUUCGUCGGCGACGGAGAGUUCAUCAGAGGAAGAGGAUCUCCCUGAGAAAGUGGAAAUUUUCAAUGGGCGGAGAAUCCUCACCCCCUUCCAGUACGCCUCCAGCCACAGCUCAUGUAGAUCCCAGCAUCCGGCUUGGCGCUGGGCUAGCGAGAGAGCAACUCUAGGUGCCCAAUGGACGUGGCUCCAAGCACAGGUGUCUGAAUUGGAAUAUCGUAUCCGGCAGCAACAUGAGCUUUGCCGCCAGUUACGGUUGAGGAAAGAGCCCUGUCUUCAACAGCCAGACCCGAACAACAGCGACGAUAUGUCACGCUGUGCAAGAACGACACCACUGAACAAGAACUUCACCAAACGGCGUCUCGUACAUGCGCACACGAUUCCCGCGGAAGUUGCGGAGUCCGUCCCGAUCGACGCGCUCAACUUGAGCUGUGAGUGCGGCACGAUGUAUCCGCAGAUUGAGCUCUGCGUGCGGUGCACUUUCCUGCACGCACAAUCUGCCCGCGAGCGCCUCGACAUAUCCGAAGAGCGGCAACAGGAAGAGUUCCAAUUGACCAGACAGCUCAUGGCCAUACCUCUAUGGGAUAGCCAAAGCGAAGUAUCGCGAAUGGCCACCUAUGACGAGACGUACCAUCCGGUUCUGUCGGGUAAACACGACAUCUCCCUCAGUCUUCACUAUGAAAACCUCUUACGGAUGGGCUACAGUCUCCUCGUACAUAAGAACGCUCAGGCUGAGAGUUCGUCAGACGCGGCAGUUGCAACGACGUCAGCGGCUAGCGGUGCCGCUGCUGUUGCCGCGAAGAAGAAACGGGAUCUACAAGCGGCCGGGACACAGGCUCAACAGCAAGCCUCCCAACAUUCACAGCAGCGAUCCGCAGCCGCGACACCGGAACCUCCGGAGAUAGAUGACGACGCCCCUCCGACGAAACGCAAGCGCCCAUUGACGCACGCAGCGAAUCGUCCGAGCCGGAGUGAGAAACGCGGCAGUAGCGGUGGCGCUCCUCGUCCAACAGAUGGAGUUUCCAAAAAACGAAGAGCCGACCGAAGAUUCACGACUGCGCCCGCUCACAGGAGCGUGUCUGUUGACAGCCAGGAGCAAGCCGAUGAUGAACUUUUUGCUGAUAUCGGAGACCGGAAUAACCCGAGUCGGACGCGUAGAACAUCAAACGUUGUACACCAGGAGUAUGGCUAUGACAUUGACAACAUCGUCAUUCCUUACGGCAUGAUGAGCUCCACCAGAUUGGUGGAACCGUUGAAAUACAAGGAGAUUCUCACGCCUAAAUGGAGGAUCCUUCACCUGGGUCCUGUCGAGUCGGAAGACAAUGAGCAAAGCGCACAAGUUGAGGGCAGUGCAACCGUAUCGGAUAAGAUGGCGGCCCCAGAGAGCGGAAAGAGUUCUUUCGCAAUGGACGACGAGGAUACGGUGCUUGCAGUUAAAGAUGACGGAAAAGAAGAAGAUACGAGCGACGCCGCCUUCGAAGUUCGUCACAGCCGACAAGAAACAUUGGAACGUGAACGAUUCUCAGCGUAUCUACAACCGAAAUUGGUUUCGAAUAUCGGAUCUCCUUCCGCCGCCAUCUAUCGAGGUCGUCGUACCGAAAGUACGGAUGCGCAGAAGUCGAAAGAUUCAUCAACGCAGGCAGCCACCCCGCAGAUGUUCCCGUCUGCCAUGAGAGCCAAAGAAAUCCACGACGAGUCUAGCUUGCUGGGGAGCGAGGUCGGUGGUAAAACCGAGUCGAUCGCGAAGCUUCACGCGAGCAAGGCAAAGCGACAACAUCGCUCACUCUCGCAAGACUGGACAAUGCAGCAGAGCUCAUCGGCGCCAACACCUUAUCCUCCGAGGAAGUUCCCGUUAAGCGAUGAGGAGUUUGAGAAAAUCCUGCAGGAGAAUUCAGAUCCGGACGAAGUUGAGAAAGCCUGCGAAACCGUUCCCGUAGAUGAGAGCAAUGGUCAAAAGCCCAAAGAGAAGCCACGAAGGUUCAUCUCGAAAUCGAAUGCGUCGUCCUCUCCCUCAACUGGUGGUCAGACCCCACUGACGGAACAGAAACAAGACGAUCCACUGAGUUCCUCGAAGGCGUUCCCCGAUGAACUUCAACAAGGUCAGCGGCAGCGAGUACACCCUGCUGCUGAGGAGGAGCCUCAAUCGCAGGAGCGGCCCAUGGACCUCGAUGAGCCACAGGCCCGACUCUCACGGCGUGCGAACGAGGUAUCGAAAACGGACGCGUUCAGCCUCGGCGUGGAGGACGCAGAGUCGCUCGAUGUCGAGGACAACAGUGACGUCAGGGUGGCAUCGAAGAAAUCCGAGCAGAACGAGGAUUUCGAAAUGCACGAUGACAACUCGAAUCCCAGUAAUCACGGACUCAUGCACUGGUUGAAUGUCAGCUGCGACAAAGUGAACGAAGCCGAUAUCCUCGACGAGAUCGCAAACCCCGAGUGGAGCGCUGACGAGGAAGAGGAGACAGAACCCGAGGAAGAUUAA